UAUAUUCCUAUAUCCAUAAAUCUUCCAUACUAAUUAGUUCUCCAAUUGUUCUUCACUCUCUAAAAGUUGCAUAGUAAAAUGACUUACGGCUAUCCUUACUACUCUCCCCCUCCACCACCAGUGCCAUCCCCUCCUACGCCAUGUAAUCCCGUGGAGCCGCCACCUCCUCCUCCUCCAUGUGACGAUCACCCUGUGCAGCUGCCACCUCCGCCUCUACCGCCACCUCACCACCACCAGCACUACCCGAAACCCUUGCCGCCACACCAUCACCACCACCACCACCACCACCAUCACAAGUCACCGCCGCCACCUAAAGACCAUCACCAUGACUACCCUAAGGCACAACCUCCACCGACGCCAGAUCACCACCACAUCUAUCCAUCUCCUCCACCGCCUCCGCCGCCCCCUCAUCAUCACCAUGUCUACCCCAAGCCGCCACCUGAUCAAUCAUGUUCUCCACCAACACCUGAUCACCAAUACACCUAUCAUUCUCCUCCUCCUCCUUCCACGCCGCUACCGCCUCCUCCCCACCACCAUGUCUACCCUAAGCCACCAUGUAAUGAUCAGUCACCGCCUCCCCCACCAACACCCGACCACCACCACUCCUAUCCAAAGCCUCCUCCGGCACCUCAAAAUGUCUACACAAAACCACCUCCACCCCCAGACCACCACCAUUACUAUCCUCAGCCACCAACUGCAUCCCCACCAGCUGUUGCCGCAGCGCCGCCACCAAAACACACUUACCCGCCAAACCCUCCUGAAGGUUCCGCUCCACCACCACAUCCAUACUCUCCCCACUAUCCUCCGCCACCAAAAUCACCUCCAAAGACAACAACACCAGCUCAUCCACCAACACCUCCACCAACACCUUACAAACCACAGCCACCAAAAUCAUCACCUCCAAAAGCACAACCUCCGUACAAGGCGUCGCCGCCGCAAUCGCCCCCAAAAACAACACCGCCAGCACAUCCCCCAACUCCUUACAAGCCACAACCACCGACGUCAUCACCUCCAAAAGCACAUCCACCAACUCCCUACAAACCACAACCCCCAAAGACAUCACCACCCAAAGCACAACCUCCGUACAAGGUACCGCCGCCAAAGUCCGGACACCCUCCAAAGCCUAGCAAGGGAACUCCACCAGCUCAACCACCGAAACCGUAUUCCAAACCUCCUCCAACAUCUUACGGCAGCUCACCCCCAGCACCGCCGCCAUCCUUCUACGGCUAUGCACCUGCCCCGCCCACGUUCAGACCUCCUCCGCCAACAAUCGGCGCGGUCCCUCCGUCGAACGACAUAGUGGCGCCGCCUUCGGGAGGCAACAACCACACUACCGUCAUUGCUGUUUGUGUUUCUGUAGGCGGCGCUUUCUUCCUCGCUUUUCUCCUCGUUGGACUCUUCUGCCUCGCCAAGAAGAAGAAGAAGCCAGUGAUGGUUCCCGCGGCGGUUCCUUGCGUCGAGGAAGGUGAAGAAAGCUACGGAGGAGCAGCCGCCGCGGUCGGAGGUUACGGUUCGCAGAGUAUUAGCGGUCAUGGAAGCUCUCAUGGAGACGCCGCCGCAGCCGUCGCCGUCACCGGAGGGGAGCCCUGUGAGCCUGGUAGCAGCGGAUCUUCGAUAGAUGGCUCAAGCCAUCAUCGGAGUAGUUACUGAUGAGUCAAAUAUUUGAUCAUCGUGACUGACUCAUCAUGCAUGCAUGUGUUUCCUAAAAUAAUUAAUAAUGCGCGUACAUUUAUGUAUUCUAUUCGGGAAUUAUUGUGUGUUUUCAUUGGAUUUGAUUCGUUGGGGCUGGGUUUAUAAUAAGUUUUGUUGGGGAUGAUCAUGAAGUAAUUACUAUAUCUCAUGAUUCUUUCUAUUGUGUCAUUGAUAUAUUGGUCGGUAUUGUUGUGUGUACCAAGGGGCUGAAGGAGGAAAUUACUGCCUUAAUUCCAAAGAAGUGGAAGAGAGAAUUUUUUUUUUUUUUUUUUAAAGAAAGAAAUAAAGAAGGAAAUGCUUGUAAUGUGAAGUUUGGAGUUAUGUGCAGCUGUAUGCAUCAAUAAAGAAAUAGUGACGAACACAUGU